AGGCAGCAAUGAAAUACUGAAUAUGAAUGAAGAAAGAGAGAUGGAUUCUUGGUAAACUGGGGAGAGAAGAAAGAACAGAAGAAACAGAGCAAACAUUGUCCUCUGUGGACCAUUGAUUCCCAUCUUACAUUCAAACCAAAACAACAAAAGGAACAGUUUUGGCCCACUGAAUCACUGACCACCAUAAUCCUUCCUUUCAUUGAUUGAUCUUUAUACCUUAGUACUUAGUAGGAAUAAAGAUUCCCACCUCUCUAUGCUUCUUUCUUCUUCAUCUUUACCAUGAGUCGUCUUGUUCUUCAGAUCUGCCUCCUUUCUUCUGUGUCACUCCUGUUGCUGCCUGAGGCUACUGGAUUGUCAUCAUCAUCCGAAUUCCGAAGGUCGAAAGCCGAGUACUACCGCAGCCCCAGAUUGCUUGGGCACAUCAGCUGGAGCUUGUGGUUAUGGCAUCCAUGGAAGCACCAUCACAUGCUCUGGUGGCUGGAGUUCUGGGCUAUGGAUAGACGGGAUCGGCUGUGGAGCUUGCUACCAGGUAAGAACCUUCUGAAAUCUGAGCUUGCUACCAGGCUACAACCUCAUAUUCAGGUUGUGGAGCAGAGCCACUACCCUCACUACUUGGCCAUAGCCCUAUGUUCCACGUGUGGGAAAAAGAUAUCUUUGGAGGGUAAUGAGGAAUGGAAGAGUAUGAACAAGGCGUGGGGUGGAGUUUGGGACUUGCCUAAUCCGCCAUCAGGUGCUCUUAAAGUAAAGGUCAAAGUUGGGACUAGCAAUGGGGAGCAGAAAUGGGUAGAAGCAAAUAAGGCCUUACCGAGUUCGUGGAAGCCUGGUGCUGGCUAUGAUUCCCACGUCAAGCUUGCUUGA